AGACCUGCAUGAAAGAGUUCCUCUUCCCCAUCCCCCCCAGGUCUGAUUCGCUUGUGCAAGUGCUACUACUACCACUACUUGCUAUAGAUUCAUGUAUGGCUUGGCAAAAAGUCGCGAGCAUGACAUGCACAACAGCGGGACCGACGUCCUGCAUACAACAGACUGCUGCAUCUGCCAGCUGCAAGUAGCAAGCCAAGGGAGCAGCAGAGGAGAGAUGCGGACGGGAAAGGGGCGAGCGAACCAGCAGCGAGCGACGUCUUUGGCAGACACGCUAGCGGACACUUUUCUGGUGUUCACCUCACGGACAAAAAAGAAAAAAAAACAAAAAAAUUGUCCUAGUGGGAUUGGAUUUUUAGCUGAUUUGCUUGCACAUGCGCCUAAAGGGUUUGUUCAUGAUGCACGCAAUGGCAGGCAGGCAGGCAAGGCAGGCAGGCAGGCAGGCAAGGCAGGCAGGCAAGGCAGGCAGGCUUCUCCAGGGACAUGCAGUCACCCAGCACGCACGCACCGCAUCUGCCGAUCACGAAGACGUCUGAGGCAUCGCGUAGCCGAGACCCGAUGCACAGGUCGAACAAUCGUGAAUGACCUGACAGGGCGAACGGCGAAUGGCGAAGGGAAAGGAAGCGUAAAAAAGGCACACACUCGCACUCGCACUCGCACUCACACUUGUGACUGUUGCACAUCGCUAGCUGCGAGCGGAAUUUCCCAAUCUGCUGCAUGGAUCACAACAGCCGCGGAUGUUCGCGCACGACGCUUCAGACGCGAUACUCAAGACUCGAGUGCUUGAUCGCAUGCACACGCCCAUGCGCAGCAGCAGUCGACGAUUGAAGCGAGGAGCAGCGUGCAUGCGUGCAGGCUGAUGCGCGUGCGAUUGCAGCACGGCAGCGCAUGCAGCCAGCGCCUUAAUUGCUCGCAUCUGCGACCGAAACAAACAGCCCAUAGUCCCGCGGCAAGGACGCUGGAGCAGGGUGGGUGUAUGGCGGUGCAUGCGCAAAGCAAGGCUGCUCGCUAUAUCCCCUUUCCAUCUCUUUUGGCUACAUAGCUUUUGCUGCUUAAUUGUUUGCUGUCACGCGCGCUAGCAGUACCGGUACAGUAAACUGUAACAGGAACUCCAAGCCUGCGCGCAGCUA